GGUUUUUGUCUCAGUCAUGGGGCUCAGUCAGUGGAGGAACUUCCUCUUUAUUCUGGCUAUUGCUGCCCACAUUUGUGUCUUGCAUUAUGCUGCUUCAGGUCAGUCAUGUUCAAAACACAAAUGUACUUUCAAAUUUGUUUUGUCGUGUUCACAGUUCACAUAUAUGUACUUUCUAAUCUCAUGUUUAUCAGUUUCUGUUAGAUUUAAAAGUAAAGGAAAGUGCUAUGGAGAAGUUCAAAUCCAAGACAAGAAUUUGGAAACAUUCGAUGAUGACAGAUGGCACUUCAACAACAGCAAAGUGCUUUGCAGAAGCACCAGUUGUGGGACACCAGUUCAGGAGUCACUGAAGCCAGAGACGACAUCCCCCGAUUUUUGGUGUACGGGAAAUGAAAACUCUUUUGAUAAAUGUUGGCGCAUGAAUAACAAGACCCAGAACUCAACUGGCAACAAGGCGUUUGUUGUCUGUUCAAAUGCCAUUUCUCAGCCCAGAAUCUCACUGACACUUCCUAAUGGGACGUCGAUUAACUCGUCACAUGCAGAAAUCCCCAGGGGUUCCAACUUCUCCAUGGAGUGCUCAGUUGACUCAAUCCCUGGCAAAUUGAAAUUUUAUUUCCUUCGGCAAUAUAAUGGCAAUUCUACAAAAUUAGAAAGCAACCAUUCACCUUAUUUUAACAUUUCCAAGGCUGAUUAUAAAAACGAGGGCAACUAUAGCUGUAGGUAUACAGUGAAUGGAGUGUACGAGUCUGAUGAGUCAGGAUGGAUUCAUGUCACUGUGAGAGAACCGUGGUGGAAACUGCUGUUUUACAUAUUGCUGGCCGGGUUCCUGGUGCUUCUGAUGGUUUUGCUGGUUGCCUGCCUAGUCUGCAGAAGAAGAAAACGGGCUGAAAAGCCAAGUGACGUGGUCUUAAAUCAAGUGACGGUUAGAAACAGUUACAUAGACGAUGAGGAAGAGGAAGAGGAAGAGAGGGACUAUGUAAACGUUGAGCCGGUGAACACCAACAGUCUGGGAACUGAGGAAAUGGACGUGAAGGACAGUGAUUCAAACGACUACGAAGACCCUUCACAGGAUAAAAAUGACAGCAGUGAUGAUGAGCAUGAUUAUGUCGAUACCACUCUGGGUCCCAUUGCUGCAAAGGACGGCACUAAAGGACACAGUGAGGAAGAGGACAGCAGUGAAGAUGAGCAUGACUAUGUAAAUCCCACUCUGGGUCCUGUUGCUGCAAGGGACGGCACAAAAGGACAGAGUGAGGAAGAGGACAGCAGUGACGAUGAGCAUGACUAUGUAAAUUCCACUCUGGGUCCUGCAGCUGCAAGGGACGGCACAAAAGGACAGAGUGAGGAAGAGGACAGCAGUGACGAUGAGCAUGACUAUGUAAAUUCCACUCUGGGUCCUGCAGCUGCAAGGGACGGCACAAAAGGACAGAGUGAGGAAGAGGACAGCAGUGACGACGGGGAGGACUAUGUCAACUUAGAGGAACAAAUUGUGGAUAUAUAUGGAGAAGACCUGGAUAUUUAUCAAAACCUUUAGACAGUACACUGCAAAAAAAAAAAA